AUGUCUACUCCAGCAGACGACCCACGUGAUGCGUCUCUCGAGACCAGCCUGACCCUGCCAGAGACGUGGCAGGUCGAGUCAGUCGAUCCCUUGGGGCAGGGAAUGAUGUUUGUGUCUGGUCUGAUCAUGGUGACUCGGAACCGAUUCCUCGCGUGGCCGUCCCUUGUGCUCUCCAUCAACAGUGUCAUCAACCAGCACCCCCUGCGCACGAAGGAGGGCGCACAGAGCACCGUCAGCAUCCUCUUGCUCGGUGUGGGCGCGCUCCUCGCCUCGUACAUGCCUCUGUUCCUUAUUUCUGGUGCCCAGAAGAUGUCUACACCUCUUACACCCUAA